AUGGGUGAUAACGACGAGAAGACUUCUUCCGGCUCUCGCUAUGAGCCAUUCUCUAAGUAUUACCUUCACCCGAGUGAAGGUACCGGGACUGUCAUCAGCCCUAUCCUGUUGAAGGGCGACAAUUAUGAAGAGUGGUCACGCUCUCUUCGUAAUAAUCUCCGUGCUAAGAACAAACUCGGCUUUGUUGAAGGAACGAUUGUUGUCCCGGAUUCGACAUCAAAGGACUACGCUCAAUGGGGUAUUGUCAAUUCUAUGCUAGUUGCUUGGCUUUAUAAUACACUUCAUGAAUCUGUUCGUUCUACUAUUAUUCUUCCUGAUAAUGUUAAUGAGUUAUGGGAUGAUUUAAAGGUUCGAUAUUCUUUAGGCAAUGGCCCUCGUAUCCUUGAAUUAAAGAAACAAAUUUCUGAUUGUAAGCAAAAGGGAAGGACAGUGGCUAGUUAUUACGGUGUAUUGUGUAAAUUGCAUCAAGAUUUGGCUAGCUAUAGUAAGAUGCCUGCUUGUACUUGAUCAGCUGCUGCUGAGUAUGUUCAGAUUCAAGAAACAGGGAAAUUACAUCAGUUUUGUAUUGGUCUUGAUUCCCGAAAAUUUGGUGGUGUUGUGUCAAAUUUGCUGAUGAUGGAGCCUUUACCAUCAUUAAACGUUGCUUAUGCUAAGGCCAUUGCUGAGGAGAGGAAGCAAAUUGUGUCGGAGGCCCAAGAAAGUACUCGAUCGAAAGCAGUGGGCUUUGCGGCGAGUGGUGCAUCGUCGGGUCGACCGUUUAGGCCAACUGGCCGUGAGGGUGCAGAGGCUCGUGAUGCUAGAAUGUGUAGUCAUUGUGGCUUGGCUGGGCACGUGAAAGAGAAAUGUUUUGAGCUAAUUGGGUGGCCCGAGUGGUACACUCCUUCUGGUAGUAGGGUCCGUGGGCGUGGAUCAGCAGGUCGUGGGCGUGGAGGUCGUGGUAAUGCUGCUAGUCGUGGCAGGGGUUUCGCUGCCAAUGUUGGCACUUCACACCAAGUCUCUUCUCAGGAGUUUAGUGAUGUUGAUAAGGCAAGUGCGCCUACAUUAAGUGAUGAACAGUGGUCACAAAUGAUGGCAGCCAUCAAAAGCUCUAAACAAUCAUCAUCUUCCACAGAAAAAUUGCAUGGACCACAAUUUGAGGAACCUGAUUGGAGCGGGGGUGCUGUCUAAUGGGGUCUAUAUUUUUCUUCCGGUUCGUGUUCGUAGUCUGCAGGCGAACAAAGUAGCAGUUUCAGAUGCUAGUAUGUUAUGGCAUAGGCGAUUGGGACAUCCGUCUAUGAAAGUAGUAUUUUCUUUACCUGGCUUAGCCAGUGGUAGUAGUAGAUUGCAUCAUAGUUGUGACAUUGAUUGUGAGAUUUGCUUUAUGGGUAAACAACCCAGAAACUCUUUCCCUUUAAGUACUAAUAAAUCAUCUGGUGUGUUUGAUUUAA